AAGUAAAAUUUGAACACAACUAAUUCUUACAUUGAAGCUAUAUAUAUAUUUGUUUUCUUAUAAGUCUUUGAAUAUAAACUCUCAUUCGUUGUUCUCAUCAUCAAAUCAAAGUUUCUAGCAAAUUUCAAAUAUUUUUGAAGUGAGAAAAUUAUGGGUCUUAUUGGAAAAAGUUUCACUUCCAAAUUGAAAAAUUUAACAUCACUUGCAAUUUCUAGGAUUGCUAUCUUGAAGAAUCAUCGUAAAGCUAGAGAUUCUUAUGCUUAUUUUGAUGUUUCUCAACUCUUGAAACUUGAUUACCAUGACCAAGCUCUUGUUCGUGUUGAACAUUGGAUUGUAGAGCAAAACAUGUUGGAUGCAUUUGAUAUGAUAGAAGUUUAUUGUAAUGUCCUAAAAGAAAGAGCUCAAGUUCUUGAAAAUAACAAGGAGUGUCCCUUUGAGCUCAAGGAAGCAACAUGUAGCCUUAUCUUUGCAUCCUCAAGAUGUGGAGAAUUUCCAGAGUUGCAUAAGAUACAAGAGAUUUUGACUUCAAAAUUUGGGAGAGAAUUUGCAGAUCAUGCUAUUGAAUUGCAUAAAAAUAAUGAAGUGAACUCUAAGAUGAUACAAAAGCUUUCAUCAAAACACCCCACAAUGGAAAUCAAAAUGAAUGCUCUGAUGAAAAUUGCUACGGAUAUUGGAGUUACUUUGCCUUUUGAGAAGGACCCUACAUUGACAAAUAAGGACAAAUUGAAUUUUGACCAAAGACAACAUGAAGUAGAAACCAAAAAUGGUAGUAGUGUUGAUGAUGCUAAGCAUGAAGAAGAUAACCGACAUGAUCCUACUCAAAAUUUAAUUGAAUUAGAAACUAAAAAAUGUAGCAGUGUUGAAGAAAACAAUCAACAUGAUCAUGAUCAUGAUCAAAAUGUAAUUGAGGAUAAGAAUCUAUUUGAUGUGAAUGAGGAAAGAAGAAGGAACAAAUAUGCUGCUGCUGCUGUUCUACAAGCUUUGGAAUUAGCAUCUUUUGAGAUAAGUAAAUACUCAAAUCAUAAGCAAAAGGAUGUAGUAAUUCCAAAAAGAAACUAUAUUAUUGAUCUUAAUGAAAAAUUGGAAGGAAAAGAAAUCAAAAAACAUUAUGCAUGGAAGGAAGAGUCACAAUUAAGUCAAAAUCUAAAGGAUGAUAUGAUAACACUAGAGAGUGCAACAAAUUUAGUUUCCAAGGAAAAAGUGAAGGAGAAUACAAAUAGAGAAAGCAGCAUGCUUGAUAAAUUAAGGUCAUUCAAGAGCUUGAAUGAUAAUAAUGAUGACAAAAGUGAAUUUCAUGCAGUUGGUGAAAAUGAAAAGAUGAGUGAAGAAAGAGCAAACCCUUUUUCACAAGCUAUUAGAUGGAAUCCACAAAGGUCUCAAACAAAUCCUACAAAUAGAACAUAUUUUCCAAAGAAAAUACAUACACAUCAUCAACAUUUGGAUUGGAAGAUGAUGUCAGUGAGGACCCGAUGAGCACACUAAUGAAUAGGUAUUUUUGAAAACCGGAUCGAACUAGAAAUUAUAAGGUUCUUCAAUUGGUUUGAUUUCUUUUUGGACCUUAGUUUAGUUGAACUGGUUGAUCCGUUAUUAGUUCAAGAAGUUCUUAUUUUUUGAUAUUAAGCUGCUGUCUUGGAAGUGCGCGUUGGGAAGACUCAAUUUUCAGCCGUGCUUAUUUUACGAAUGGUUGUGGAGUCCGCGUGACUGUUUGUUGAGGGGAUGAGCCUAAGGCGGUGGGUGUUCUGUUGGUGAGGUGCUGCUGGUUUUCUGUUGUGCAGCUGCUGUUCGGGUGGUUAGCAGCCUUUUUAUUGGCUUUUCAUUGGUUUCUUCAAGCUCUGCUAGCCUCACUGAGUAGUGCGGUUCUGUUUCUGUUAGUUGGACAGCCUCUUAGUGGGUGCUUUUGUUGGUGUGGGAGGUUCUUGGUGGCUUCUUUGCAAUAGUAGUAGCUGCUAUUUAGUAGGUUCAGGUGUAAUUGGUAUUGACGCGGAGGUAUGCAUGUGGUUGUCAUAUGUAUAUGUCGGCGUCAUUACUCUUUUGGUUUGGAGCUUUUUGUUUAGAGAUGGUUUUUUAAGGGGUUUUUGUUCGAGCCAAAGUUUGUAUUGCAACCGAUUUUCCCUUGUUUGUUUUUUUUAUCCACCCGAGCUUAUUAGUGCUUCUUGCACGGGCUUGUCGGUUAAUAAUAUUUUGCCGUUUGAAAAAAAAAAAAAAAUGAUUUAUUGGUUGAUGUCAAAAUUUUGUAGUACUAAACUACAAAUCCUUGUUGGUUAUAGCUUGGCUUAUACAAUGGAGUUGACUUGUGGUGAGAUUUACUGUCCUUGGUACAUAACACAUUCAGUCUAUUAAUCUUUACUUGUGGCAC